AUGAACAACAAUUAAAAUAUGAUUUUUUGGUUGAUUAGAACAAUAUUCAUCUCAGCAGUAAUAGGAUAAAAAGAAUACUCUAAUUAUUAUGGUGUAUUUGGAAGUGAUUAUGAAUUGUGUCCUGAUUUACAUACAUAUGUGCCUGGUAUGCAUCCGCAUUAAUGUGUUUGUAAUUAUAAGUGUUAUUAAUAGCUUAUGCUUCUGUUUGCUAAGGUGUUACAACAGUAGUAAUAAAAACUUUAACAAAUGGAACUUAACAUAUAUGCCAUCCAAGAUAUCAACCAUUUCUAAUAGGGGCUAUAACUAAAGACUCCUAUUCAGUUCAUUGCGGAUACCAAUUUGGUUACUCAUUAGUAAUGGAACUCCUAUAUGAUGGACUUUAUAAAUACUAUUGUGGAGGUAAAAAUUGUUUAUUUUUAAAUAGAUUUUAGAAAUUAAGGUUUAAGUCUUUAGAGGUGUUUGAUAGUUGUAUCAUAAUAUGGUUAGAAUAAAUGUCUAUAUUGUAAAUUUCCAUUCUUUGAUUAUGAAUGUAAAUAAGUUUAGAUAGGUUUUAAUUAAUAAUCUGCAGGUACUCCUUCGACCGUUUAAAGUAAUUCAAAUAUGAUUAUUCUAGAGUGUAAUGGUUAAUGUUUGGAUUGUAAUGGAUAAGGAUAUUGUAAUUAAUGUAGAGAAGGUUUUUCAAGUAAAGAUGGUUAUGAUAUUAGUUGUUCAUUAGGUAAUUAAAAUAUUACAAUUUGAUAGAUUGUUAGGGAUUUCGAUCUUGUUAUCUUGAUACAUAAUAAAAUGUAAUUGGGAAUCCUGGAUGCAAAUCAGGAUACUAUGGUGCGGAAUCUAAAUGCUUUUAUUGUUAAUAUAUUAACAAAUAUUUUAUAGCCUAUAUUUAUCGUUGUUAAGAUGCAUAUUAAGGUACUUCUGGAAUGGGUUGUUAUAAGUGCUAAGAUGGAUUUUUUUUAGGAAGAUAUUAUGCGCAGAAUGCAUAUUACACAUAUUGUUAUUAGUAUGAUUGGAAUUGUCACAAAGAUAGAUAAUCAGUAUUUGAAAAAAGAGACACUUGGAAUGAUUAUAAAUAUUUUGUAAUUCUUCGAGAUAUACAUAGGUAUAUUGUUAGUUAUGCGAUCCAGGAUACAUUUAAUUAGAGAAAUAAAGCUAUUGUUAUUGUAACUUUUAUUUUAUCAAUUUUUUAGAGAUUAGUUAUUUUAAAUAAGGUUGUGUCUUAUUAGAUACAUUUGGUGUUAAUUGUAUAGCUUGUCUUCCACAAUAUGCUUUACAAACUAAUGGCACAUGCUUAUAUUAUUAAUGUGCACUAUAAUGUUCAACUUGUUUGGACACUGAUCCAAAUUUUUGUACCACUUGUGAUAGCACAGUAAAUCAAAUAGCUGAUAAUGGUAUCUGCAAAUGCUUACCAAAUUCUGGUUUGUAGGAAGGAAAUUGCACGCUUUGUAAGGAGGGUUAUUGUCAAGAAUGUGAACUAGAGGAUUUUUAUUAAUGUAUUUCAUGUAAAGAAGGAUCAAACAGAAUACUCAUCGAUAAACAAUGCCCUUGUUUAUCUGGUUAUUUUGAUCCUGAAAAUGAAGAUUAAAUAUGUCUCCGUAUAUUGACUAAAUGAUAUUUUAGCCUGUGAUAUUAGUUGUCCAAAUUGUUUUGGUCCAUCAAAUUUAGAAUGUACUGAAUGUCUAGAGGAAAGUAUCUCAAACAGAAUUAAAAUUAAUGAUUCUUGUCCAUGUAAAAAUGGAUAUGCUGAUUAUGCUAUUAAGCAAUCAAAAUGUGGAAGUAUAAAUUAUAAUUAACUUCAGAAUGCCAUCCAAAAUGUCAAACAUGUUUUUAAGCAGCUGAUGAAACCUAAAAUUAAUAUUGUCUUACAUGUAUAACUGGAUAGAAUCGUGUUGUUUCAGAUGCUUUUAAUUGUGAUUGUAAAGUGAAUUCUGGGGAUCUUGAUGGUACUUUAGAAAUUUGUAUAAGUACUUUUGUAAAUUACACAUAGUUUGUCAUUAUACAUGUGGAAUCUGUAAUGGUACUGAAUCCACAAAUUGCAUAUAAUGUGAAUAAAGUACUUUUAGAGAAUUGACACCUUCAGAAGAAUGCUUAUGUAAAUUAUCAUAUUAUGAUGAUAAUACAGAAAAUAUAGAAUGCUAAAGUAAUAUCUUAGAUUUGAUUUAUAGAGUGCCAUUAUUCAUGUGUAACAUGCGCAAACUCUAUUGAAAAAGAUGCAUGUGUAUAAUGUCCUUCAACCCGAAAAGCUAAUUCAUCAGGCAGUUAAUCUGAAUGCGUUUGUAUUUAUGAAAAUACUUUUGAUGAUGGAUUUUCAUAAGAAUGUCAACAAUGUCAUAAAUAUUGUUUAACAUGUAAUGGUCUGAUAUUGGAGAAUUGGAAUGUGCAAGUAAUUAUACUUAAAUAAUCUUAGAAUGCCACUAUUCUUGUCACUAAUGUUUUGAUAACAUAUCAGAAAGUUGUAUUGUUUGUUCUCUUGAACUUAAUUUUAGAGUAUUAAAAGGUAAUUUCUGUAAAUGUAUUGAUGGUUAUUAUGAAGAGGCUGGAAUUGCUUAGUGUAAAAGUAAAUAUUCUAAUUAUUAAUAAUUUAUUAGAAUGUUCAUAUAAAUGUGAAUUAUGUGAAAACCAAUCAGAAAAAUGUUUGAGCUGCCCAUUAAAUUCUUUACGUAUACUCGAUCCUAUUAAGGGGUGUUUUUGUCCAGGAGAGUAUUAUGAUAAAGAAAAUGAAUUUGCUUGUUAAAGUAAUUAUCAUAUAUUUUGCAGGAUGCCAUUUCAAAUGUAGAUCUUGUGAUGGGAAGGAUUAAGACAAUUGUCUUUCUUGUGAUUCUGUUGCUAAUAGAGAAUUAAAAAAUAAUGAAUGCAAAUGCUAACCACAUUAUUUUGAAAUGGAAGUUUAGGAAUGCACUAGUAAUAAUAUUAUAUUUAAAUUAUAGCUUGCAGUGCACUAUGUUAUGAAUGUAUAAAAAAUUUUGAAAAUUGUACUUCAUGCAAUAGUGAUAGAUAUUUAGUUGAAAGUAAAUGCAUAUGUAUAACUAAAUUAAAUGGAGGAGCAAUAAGUACAUUUGAAUAUAAUGGGAUGGUUUAAUGUUAAAGUAAAAAAUCAAAAAAUAAUUAGAAUGUCAUUAUUCAUGUGGUACCUGUGGAGGAUUUGAAGUAGGAGAUUGUAAUUCUUGUGUAGAUACUGACCACAGAUUAUAAGUUGGAAAUACAUGUAUCUGUAAAGAAGGAUAUUAUGAUGCAGGAUUGCCUGUUUGUUAAAGUAUUAAUAGAUUUUAAUGCAUAGAAUGCAAUUAUUAAUGUAAAGGCUGUUCGAAGUUAUCUGAAAGUUGUACUUCUUGUCCUGAUAAUAGCUUCAGAUAAUUUGUUUCAGGUUUUAAUAACUGCCAAUGUAUUCAAAGAUAUUAUGAUGAUGGAUUCAAUGAAGUUUGCUAAAGUAAUUAUUUUUUUUAUCAUUUUAAGAAUGCCAUUAUUAAUGUCUCAGAUGCAAUGAAAUUGAAACAAAAUGUGAAUUAUGUUCCCCUUAAUCAAAUAGAAUUUAUAAUGAUGUUCUAUUUACCUGUGAUUGUAAUAUUGGAUAUUAUGAUAUUGGAGUUGAAGAUUGUUAAAAAUGUCACUACUCAUGUUAAACUUGCAAUUCUGGAGAUUCUAAUUCUUGUAUUUCAUGUAUAGAAAUGAAUACUUCAAAGAGAGUAUUUUAUAAUAAUACAUGUGUAUGUUUAUUUGGAUAUUACGAUGAUGGUUCUAAAAUAUCAUGUUUAAAAUGUGAUAUAUAAUGUUUAAGUUGUGUUUAACAAUCUUAUUAAUGCUUAUCUUGUCCAUAAACAAGAAAAAUAGAAACCAAUUGUAAAUGUCAGUAAGGAUAUUAUGAUGUUGGCUUAUAAAUUUGUCUAUAAUGUAAUUCUAAUUGCUUUACAUGUGAAAUUUCAUCAAAAAACUGCACAUCAUGCGAUUCUAAUUAAUUUAGAGAACUUAACAUAAAAACUUAAACUUGUGAUUGCUAAAUAGGUUAUCUUGAAAUCAAUGAGAUCUGUCAAAAAUGCUAUUUUAGUUGUAAAACAUGUGCUUAAUCAAUAAAUAAUUGUACUUCUUGUGUAUAAUUUCGAUACUUGAAAAAUAAUGAAUGUAUUUGUAAUGAAGGAAUGUAUGAAUCAAAUGUUGAUAAAUUAUGUAAAUUAUGUAAUUAGACAUGCUUAACUUGUGCUAAUUCUAAUUCUUACUGUUUGACUUGUUCAAUUGAAAAUUUUAGAUAAUUUACUUAUGGAAAUACUUGUGAAUGUAGAUAAGGAUAUUAUGAAGAUUCAGUUACUUUGAAUUGCGAAUAUUGUUCAAGUUCAUGUUUGACUUGUUCUUUAUUAUAUGAUAAUUGUACAAGUUGUGAUUCUAGUCUUAAUUUAUCUUUAGUCAAUAAUAAAUGUGCAUGCUCAUAAUCAUAUUUUUUUGAUCCUUUAACUAAAUAAUGUGAAUGUAAUAUUAUAAAUAAAUAAUUAGAAUGCAAUAUCACCUGCCUAGAAUGUUAAAAUAGUAAUUAAUGCACAUAAUGUAGAUUGACAACCAGACAUUAUGAUGCAGAUGAAAAGAAGUGCUUAUGUAAUGAUGGAUAUUAUGAAACAAAUCAAUUAAAUUGUUAAUGUAUUUAUAUCUUUAAUCCUAUUUAGUAUGUCAUUUAUCAUGUGGUACUUGUUAAAAUGUAAGUACUAAUUGUUUAACUUGCUAAAGUGUAUACAUAAGAAUAUUAAAAUAUAAUCAAUGUUUAUGUUUGGAUGGUUAUUAUGAUGCAGGAAUUGAAUUGUGUUAAAAAUGCAAUAAUAUUUGUAAGACCUGUUAAUCUUCUGCGGUAUCCUGUUUAUCAUGUUAUGAAAUUGAACAACACAGAGAUUAUUCAGGUGAUAAGUGUUUAUGCAAAAUGGGUUAUUAUGAAUCAAAUACAGAGAUAUGUUCAAGUAAUUAAUUUUAAAUGAUAAUUAGAAUGUUCAAAUUAAUGUUUAACAUGUUAAGGUUCUGCUGAAUAUUGUACCAGUUGUGAUACAAAUUCUAAAAGAGUUGAUCAAUCUAUUAUCCAUAAAUGUCCUUGUAUUCUUGGAUUUUAUUCAGAUGAGAAUUAGAAUUGUUAAAGUAAAUUUUUAUAAUUAAACUAAUAGAAUGUCAUAUUAAAUGUUAGACUUGCAUAACUUCUAACGACUAAUGUUUAAGUUGUAAUUUCUAACUAAAUUCAAAUCGAAUGUCUAUAUCUAGUUUUUGUAAUUGUUAAGAAGGUUAUUUUGAUGAUGGAAUAUAACUUCAAUGCUAAAAUUGUAAUUUUAGAUGUAAGACUUGUUAAAUUGAAGAAAAUAAUUGUCAAAUCUUUUAGAAUAUAUUAAGAUUUAAUCCUCCAACAUGUAAUUGCAAGGAUGGGUAUUAUGAAGAUGAGUAACUUAUUUGUUAAAGUAAAUUUUAUUGUUUAAAAUAAGUUUGUGCUUCUCAAUGCAAUACAUGUAUAUUGCAACCAACAAAUUGUUUAAGUUGUAAUCCAGGAAGAAUUCAAAAAGAUUGCAAAUGUAUUGAUGGAUAUUUUGAAAUUGGAUUAACUUUAUGUUCAUGUAAUAAUUUAGUAAACUUUGUAUAGAAUGUGCAUUUUAAUGUGCUACUUGUGAAUUAUAUCCUUUAAAUUACAAGACUUGUAAAGGUAAUAGGAUUCAAGAGCCUAAAUGCAUUUGUUAAUUUGGAUAUUUUGAUGACUAAUUAAAUGAAGAUUGUUAAAAAUGUGAUAUUACCUGUUUAGAAUGCAAUAUUAAUGGAUGCUUAUCUUGUUUUGCCAAUAGAUUAUUAGAUUAAGAAAUGAAUUGUAUUCCUCCACAAAAUUCAAUUUGGUAUGAUAGUACACCUUGGUGUUCAAGUAUAUUUUUCCAAUAAACAAUUAGCUUGUGAGGUUGCAGUUAUUAAGGCAUAUUUCUCAGAUGACCUUAGUUAAAUUAUUAUUCAUUUUGAUUUUCCUUUAAAUCCAAAGGGAUUCAGUUAAUAAAUUCAAAUUAAUAAAUGUUUGUAAAUAUUUGAAGUAGAAUCUGCAAAAAGUUUUGGUUAAAAUUCUGUUUGCUACCUUAACCAAGAAGAUAAUUAGGAAUUACUAAUCUAAUUAGGUGAAAACUCGAAAAUAUAAGUUGGUGAAUAAAUCCUAUUUAAAAGUAAUGCCUUAUCUCAAAUUAAUUGCGAAACUACUUUAAAAAUAUUUAUAUUUGAUAUAUUACAAAUGCCAAUAAACCCACUUCCUCCAUCAAUUUAAUAUCAAGUGCCUUUACAUAAAUUAAAUCCUAAAUCAGAUAAUUCAAUUUAUAUAAAAUCAAUUAAAAACAAUGGAAAUAGAAAAUUAGAUAAUAUUAUUUGGAGUUAUCAAAUGAUGGCAGGUGAAGAUAGUUCUAAUACUAUUAGCCAAUUUUUAGAUUAAAUUAAUUUUGUGUAAGAAUAUAAUUUAUUAAUACCUAAACUUACUUUACCAAAAGAUGCAGAACUUAAGUUUAAGAUCUAAUAUGAAAAUUUCAUCCAUAUCAAUUCUUAAACAGAAUUUACUAUUCACACUCAUUCAGGAAUUCUUCCAUAAAUUAAUAUUAAUUCAAAACCUUCCUAUUUUGUUUAUUAGCCAAUUACAAUUGGAGUUUCUGCUGGCAAUUCAGAUUAGUCAAUUUCAAAAGAUAAUUAUUAAAUUUAAAUGAAUGAAAUUGAUAGAGAGCCAAAUAAAUCAAUUCCCUCUUAAAUUAAUUCUUCAUUUUAAUCUACUUCAUUUGAAAUGAUCUAUAUAACUAUUCCAAAAUAUACUUUGAGCCCUAAUUCAACAUAUACAUUUUAAGUGAUGGCUACCAAUAUAAAUACUAACCAAACUCAAUAUUAAAAUUUUACCUUUGAUAUUCCAUUUGCUGGAUUUAUUUGUUAAUUUAAUAAUCUAGGACUUUAAAGUAUAAGAAAAGAUUUAAAACUUUAAAUAGAAUGUAAGGAUUUAGACACAAUAUUUGAUUGGAAUGCUGAUCCAAAUUUGUCUAUUGAAGUCGAUUGUAAAGAUUUAUAAAUGAAUAGUACAUGCUAAAAUGCACAAAAGAAAAUAAUUAAUGUUAACAAGACUGCGACAUUUUAAUUCAUAAAGAGGAAUUUUUUUCUACAUUUACAGUUUAAUAAUGGACUGUAACUGUUACAAAAUUUUAAUAGACUUAAAAAUUUACUUAAAUUAUUGUUUACCUUGAUGAUGAUUUCCCUUAAUUAGACCUUGAAUUCAAUAAAGGUUAUUUAAUGAGAAAAAUUAAUAAUUAUGAAUAACUAAAUUUUACUUUUCUCAUCCCUUUUGAUAAAAAACCCCUUCUAUUAGAUCUAUCAAUUGCAAUUAUUUAUAACUAUGAGAUAAUAGAAAUACUGUAACCACAAUAUAUUUCCCAUUAAUUCAAGAUAUUUAAUAGCAUUAAAGAAUUAAAUUUUGGUGAUGAGAUCAAUCUUAAAUUUUUGGCUUAAUACACAAAUAAUAUCAUGCCAAGCUUAAAUAAUAUUAAAAUAAAUAUCAAUUAGCCUCCAUAAUGUUCUAAAUUAUAUAUUACACGCUCAAAUAACUUAGCACUUACUGAUUUUGGAGUAGCAAGUAGUUGUGAUCAAUCAAAUGAUUCUCCUUAUUCCUAUUAGCUUAGAUUAUUUUUGAGAGAAUCAGACUUAACUGAUUUUUAACAAGGAUCUUUAGAUAAUUCCUUAAUUCUUUAUCCAUUUUAAACUUAAAAUUAAUUUUUAAUUUAAACUCCCUCAUCUAUUGACUUUUCAAAAAUUGGAAUUUUAGUUGAAGUACUUGAUAAUGGAGGAUCAAUGACUCAAAUUUUUGAAUAAAUUACUGUAAACUUCGCAAAAAUAAAUUGUUCCUCUAUUUAAUAUUAGAAUUUGAAUUUAUAAAAAAAAAUAUCAUUGUUAUUUGAAGCAUUGAAUUAAAAAUGUGAUGAACUACAUUCUUAAAUUUAUCUUAAUAUGCUUUAGUAAUCAAUUUUAGCAGAUGAAAAUGAAAAUAUCUUGAAAUUUUAGGCUCUAAAACUAUAUAAACAACUCUUAAUUUAAUCCAUUUAAAACAAACCUUAAGAUAAUUUGCCUAAGCAAAGAUGCUUUGAUAAAAACACAAACCAUUUCUUUAUUACAAACAAUACCACUGAGACUGAAGUUAAUUUGACAACAAAAAUAGAAAGCUUAAAAGAAAAUACUCAGAAUUUAAAUAAAACUCUAAAUUAUUUUAGGAACCUAAAAAAAAAAUUUGAAGAGGAUAUUUAAUUAAAUUAAUACACAUGGAAUGAAUAAAUCUUUCAACAGUAUUAAAAUACGUAAGAAUGUUUAAGGAGUUUAUUAUUCUAUCUGGAUGAUAUUUAUUCUAAUUUUUCAUUAAUAAAUGUAAAAAAUGAAAUUCUUUAUUAAGCCAUUAUGGAUUUGUAACAGUACAUGUCUUUAAUAUCAGAGGAAACUUAAAAUACAAUUAUAGUGAACUAAAAGCCUCUUGCAAUUAAUGGAAAUGAAAUAAUUUGGUAAAUAAAAAGAAGAACAAUUUCAUAAUUCAAUUAAUAAUUUGAUAUAGAACCAGCAAAAGAAGAUUUCCUUGUAGAGUAUGUUUAAUUUGAAUCUAUUUAUUUUAAAACAAAUCCUUUAAGAUUCACUUCAGAUCUAUAAGAUUUACUCUAUGCUUAAUUUAAUGACUAAACCUUACAAAUUUUGUCAUAGAAUUACUACCUAACAUCUUUGAAAAAUUCUUAUCAUCAUAGAUUUAUAUCUUAUGAAAAUUUUUCAUCUACUUAUGGAACUAAAUUUGGAUCCUAUUAAGUUUGCUCAAAUACUACAUAAUCUUUAUUUUAAUAUGAAGUUUAGUGUGUAAUUAGAACAAUUUUUGGAAAAAUUUAUUUGUGUAAUCUCUAACAAGAACAAAAUAAUGAUACUAUUGAGCUAACUUGUGACUGUAAUAAAUUUGGUGAGAUUUUUCUUUUAUCUUCAACAAACUUUAGUAUUGCAAAUGUAAACAAUACUAAUAUUUAAAUAUCUGAUCUUAGUGUUGAUUCCACAUCAGACAAUUAAUUGGUUUUACAAAUUUGUACGAGCUCUUUAUCAUUCAUUUUUAUGGCUGUUUAUGUAGUUUAAAGAUAUAAAGAUUAUAAAGAAGAGUAAGAGAGCUCUGAAAAUGAAUAAAGAAAUUUGAAUCCCUCAAACAUCUUACUUAAUAGAAAUUUUGUAUAUAAAGGUAAUUCUAAAGUGUUCAAGGAAAAAUUAAAGGUAAAAUUCAAUUAUUAUUUUAGUAAAUUCAUUAAACUAUUUCACUAUUUAAUUAGAGACUAAAGUAUUUAACUUAGUUAUCGAAUUUUAGAAGUACUCUCCUAAUUUAAUUUAUAUUUAACUCUUACAAUCCUUGA